AUGGUGAGGAUGAAACUAGUGAGUUGGCUACCUGUAGUUGUUGCUUUUGUUUUAUUUGAGUUCAUUGGUCAUAAUAGAUCAUUUGCUGCAUUCACUCCUCCUGAUAACUACUUGAUCGCUUGUGGUUCUUCACAAAAUGUCACCUUUCAAGGUAAAACUUAUGUUCCUGAUUCAGGACAUUCCUUUCUCACUUUAAAAACUGGAAUUUCUUUUGUUGCCAAGUCCAAUUCUAGUUUCCCAUCUCCUAUCUAUCAAUCUGCCCGAAUUUUGUCUGGUACAUCAUCUUACAAAUUUGACAUUAAGAAAGAAGGCAAGCAUUGGAUCCGCCUUUAUUUUUACCCUAUUCCAAACUCAGGCCAAAACUUGAGGUCUGCGUCGAUUACUGUAGCCACAGAUGAUUUUGUGCUCUUGAACAAUUUCACAUUCAAGAACUAUAAUGGUUCUUAUAUGUUCAAGGAGUAUGCAGUCAACGUAACUUCUGAUACUUUGACCCUUUCCUUCAUUUCUUCAAACAAUUCUGUCACAUUUGUUAAUGCAAUCGAAGUUGUUUCUAUCCCUGAUGGAGUACUUCCAGACCAGGCAUUAGCUAUAAAUCCAUCUACCACCUUUAGUGGUCUUUCUGAACUUGCCUUUGAAACUGUUUUCCGGUUAAACAUGGGAGGUCCCUUGAUCACUGCUGAAAAUGAUACUCUUGGAAGAAUUUGGGAGAACGAUGCAAAAUACCUCCAUAUGAACAGCUCUGCAUUGAAUGUUUCAGUUAACCCUGCAUCCAUAAGAUAUCCAGCUGCUGUAACUACCGAAAUAGCACCAAAUUGGGUUUAUGCCUCUGCUGAUGUAAUGGAAGAUCCAAAUGUAGCUGACUCGAACUUCAACAUAACUUGGGUGUUCUCUGUCAAUCAAAACUUCAGCUAUUUUGUGCGGGUACACUUCUGUGAUAUCGUGAGUAAGGCUCUGAGUGAUCUUGUAUUCAAUCUGUACAUAAAUGAUGAUAUUGCCGUGGAAAGUCUUGACUUCUCACAAUUUACUGGUGGAUUGAGCAUACCCUAUUACAGAGACUUUGUCUCCAACGCAUCAGUAGAUUCAGAUACAUUCACUGUAAGUGUUGGUCCAGAUAAAACAUCAGAUAUGACAAAUGCAACUAUGAAUGGGCUGGAGAUUUUCAAAAUCAGCAAUGAAGCUAAAAGCUUGGAUGGGCUUUUGUCUAUUGAGAGCCUCCUUCCUCAAUCACCCUCGAAGAAAAGCAAGAUUGGAAUUAUUAUUGGUUCAAUUGUUGGAGCCAUGGCUGCAUUUGGUUUGAUUGGACUCUGUUACUGUCGUUUGGUAGCCUGCAGGUCAAAGACUACUACUCACCAGGCGCAUCCAUGGCUGCCAUUGCCAUUAUAUGGAAACUCUCAGACCAUGACCAAGAUGUCCACAACUUCUCAAAAGAGUGGAACAGCAAGCUGCAUCUCAUUGACUUCCUCCAAUCUUGGUCGGUUCUUCACAUUCCAAGAAAUCCUCGAUGCCACAAAGAAGUUUGAUGAGAGCCUUCUUCUUGGGGUUGGUGGUUUUGGCAGGGUGUAUGAAGGAACCAUUGAAGAUGGAACUAAAGUAGCUGUCAAAAGAGGAAAUCCCAGAUCCGAACAAGGUCUUGCUGAAUUCCGAACUGAGAUUGAAAUGCUAUCCAAGCUUCGCCACCGUCAUCUUGUCUCGCUUAUUGGCUAUUGUGAUGAGCGGUCUGAAAUGAUUCUUGUCUAUGAAUACAUGGCUAAUGGACCCCUCAGGAGCCAUCUAUACGGCACUGAUCUACCGCCUUUGCCAUGGAAGCAACGACUUGAAAUAUGCAUUGGGGCUGCCAGGGGCCUGCAUUAUCUCCACACAGGUGCUGCUCAAAGCAUUAUUCACCGAGAUGUUAAGACAACAAACAUUCUGUUGGAUGAGAAUUUCGUGGCCAAAGUUGCUGAUUUUGGCCUCUCGAAAACAGGCCCAGCUCUUGAUCAGACCCACGUGAGUACAGCUGUUAAGGGUAGCUUUGGUUACCUCGAUCCUGAGUACUUCAGAAGGCAACAACUCACAGAGAAGUCAGAUGUGUAUUCAUUUGGAGUGGUUCUAAUGGAAGUUCUCUGCACUAGACCAGCUCUAAACCCGGUUCUCCCAAGGGAACAAGUCAAUAUAGCAGAGUGGGCAAUGACCUGGCAGAAGAAGGGCAUGCUGGAUCAAAUCAUGGACUCCAAUCUAGCAGGAAAGGUGAAUCCAGCUUCUCUCAAAAAAUUUGGGGAGACAGCUGAGAAAUGCCUUGCAGAGCAUGGAGUUGACAGACCAUCAAUGGGAGACGUCCUAUGGAAUCUUGAGUAUGCUCUUCAGCUUGAGGAGACCUCAUCUGCACUCAUGGAACCUGAAGAUAACAGCACAAACCAUAUCCCGGGCAUUCCGUUGACGCCACUCGAACCAUUUGAUAACAGUGCAAGUAUAAUUGAUGGAGGGAACUCUGUAACAGAUGAUGAUGCUGAAGAUGCUGCCACUAGUGCUGUAUUUUCUCAGCUCGUAAAUCCUCGUGGAAGAUGA